AUGAGCCAAAACGACUACGGUAUUGGAUUCUAUGACACCACUAUAGAGGAAUUUAAUGCAACUGUGCCUGAUUUAGCCAAAUUGAUAUCCAAACAUGGUCAGGGAGUGUACGAUUUGGGAGGUCGCUCAUUUUGGAUCCAUAACGCAGCUCCAAUUGAUUGCCUUUCAUAUAUUUUGUUGCAUGCGAAACUAAAGCUACACCAAAUUGAUGGUGCUGACUAUGGAAUACCUUACAAUGACAUUGUUCAAUAUUACAAUCAAAAGUUGAAGGAGGAAGUUUUUGCUCUCAGAGAAGCAUUACCUGAUGCUUGUAUCACUUAUGUGGACAUCUACUCCAUCAAGUACUCAUUCUUUAAGUGGCCAACAAAGUAUGGUAAGCCCUUACAAUAUGUCUCACUAAAUAAAACGGAUUGA